AUGGCAAAAAAAGAAACAUUUAAAUCACCAGGGUGCUGGUGUAGAGUUAUCAAAUCAAAUGUCACCAAAAGGGCGCGGAAUAUUAUAAUAAAAAAAUUAAAAACAAGAAACAACCACAAAUAUGAAGAUAAUUACUACGAGAGCGAUAAAUGCAAUGACUAUUUUUAUGAUGAUGAUUACUACGAAGCAUAUCAUAAAAUUAAUAACCCACCACAGGAGCCACAACAACAACAACAACCAAAUCCACCACAAUCAUCUCAACAACAACAAUUACAACAACAUUCACAACCACAAUCACCUCAACAACAACAAAAACCACCACAAUCAUCACAAUCACAAUCACAACAACCACAAUCAAAACACACUUCAUCAAUGCCCGAUUAUAAAAAACUAUUUAGGGCUAUGGAUGAAUAUGAAAAACUACAACAAGAACUAGAACCAGAAUCAGAAUCACCAUCACCAUCACCAUCACAACAUCAACAUCAACAUCAAAAUCAUCAACAACAUCAUCAACAACACCACCAACAACAACAACAACAACAACAACAGCAACAACAACAAUCAAAACCACAAACACAACAACAAUCAACUCCAGAUGUAAAUUCACAUAUUAUUGAUGGUCAAGGUCAAUAUUGUGAACCAAUGGGCAUCAACUCAGCUGUAGAAGACUAUGCAGCUUUAACACGUUUAUAUGAUCGUUUGGAUCUCUACAAUUUGGAGAACAGUAGGGAUAUUCCAGGCGAUGGAAAUUGUCAGAUGCAUGCUUUAUCUGACCAAAUUUUCGGUGACUUGAAUCAUGGUGCCGAAAUUAGAAGAGCCAUUGUUGCAUGGCUCAGAGACAAUAAAAAUUUCACCCUCAAUAAUGGUGCAAAAUUAUCCCAAUUUGCAAAUACUAAUGAUUGGAAUAGAUAUUGCAACCGUAUGUCAAGAAAUGGUACAUGGGGUGAUCAUUUGACUUUACUUGCUGCUUCUGAAUUAUUGAAAUCUCAAAUUACAAUAAUUUCAUCAGUAGAAUCUGAAAGAAGCUCAAUAAUUGAAAUAAUUCCAAGUUCAAUUCAAAAUAGUAGAGAAAUUUUAUUAUCUCACCAUGCUAAACAUUAUGGCUCAUUGCGUUCAAAACCAUAA